CCGCUCUCCCGCAUGGCGGACAGCGACUCAAUUCGCCAGAGGAUUGUCUCUUCCGUGUUCACCAAGCUCACGGAGGAGACCUAUGCCGGGCACAUCAAGAUCUGGGAGGAGGCCUCGCCCGACGAGGGGGGGAAGAAGCCAAGAUACAUCAUACUCUCGCAGUCCACUGGCGGACAAGGGUUCAUCCAUAAGGCGAAGCUAAACAACAAUGGAUCGUUCUCCGUGGGCAAGACAUGGAAGCUCUCCGAGCUUAGAGGGCUAGAAGUUCUCAAUCCCCUUGCGUUCAAUAUCACCAUGGCACGAACGUAUCGAUGGCAAACAGAGAACCAGCGCGACCAAAGCAGCUUUCUUAGCGCGUUAGUUCAGCUCUUCCGCACGGUUACCGGGGGAACAGCACCUCUCGAGCUGGUGGGCAUACGGGACCCGAACGAAGCAUCAUCAAGGCCGCCACCACUAAGUUUUUCGCGUAUGGAGCGCGCACCCACACCAACAGGCGGCGCACCUCUACCUCCAGCAUCCCCCCGACGGCCCGUAGCCAAUGGUUACUCAGACUCCCCGAAACAGAACGGUCGCAUGAGCGGGGUCUCCUCGUACGCGCCUUCCACACCCGGUGCACGAUCAUCCUCGCGACCGAGAAGACCACGAAGUCCGCCGCGCGCUGAUUCCCCUGAUCUGUCAAGGCCGCCAACGGCUGUCCCCCCAGACAGAUCAGGGACCCCGGUGCGCACUCGUCCAAGCACACCUUCUCGUGAACCAAUGCCCCCUCCCAGCGCGCUGCGUCCGCGCCAUGCCCGAUUGCCCUCCAACGCAGACACGGCUAGUCGCUCCUCUGCUGCUACGUCCGUACCCUCGAUAGUAUUGCCUUCCACACCUGCUUCUGUGCAGUCGGAGGGCGUGUCUCGGUAUGGCGACAGGACGAAUGGCAACUUGCCAGGUCGAGGAUCUCUAGAUAUACCCUCCCGAUCAGCGUCGCCCGCUUCCUCCGUAGUGCAGCCUUCUCCUAGGUCAGCGUAUGGCGACCCAGUCCUACCAAGCUCGUUGGGCGCGUCAUCCGCGCCUGCUGCGCGCGCACAGCCUUCCCGCAGUACCAACGGGGCAUCAGCCGAGAAGAGACAACCAAGGCGGGAGAAUACCCGGGUCUCGUUCUUUGACCCUACGAAUCAGGGGACUCUGAACCGUGUCUUGUCCGGUGAUGCGAUGCUGCACGAGGAAGGUGAUGGUGAAGGUGACGGUACUGGUGAGGUAGAGGAUGAAAGCGCACAAGCGACCCUGCAGAGCGUGGAGGAGAUGCUCGAAGGGUACGAGUGGGCAAGCGACGAUAUCUUGGGUCGCAGAGCCUUGACCGGGACCGCGGACCAAAUCGAGGCGAGAUUGUUAGAUGAGCUUAUGGCUCUCGACAAGGCGAACAUCCACUCGUUCAUCGAGUCCGAUGACAGAGUACUGACGGUGCUCAAAUUCCUCGACGAUGCCAUCAACGAGCUCGACACGAUGGAGAGCGUGGUUUCGUCGUAUAAGAUCCAUCUCAACGCCGUCAGCGAUGAUAUCGUCUACAUCCAGGGACAAGGCCGAGGUCUUCAAGUUCAGACACAGAACCAACGCGCACUCCUAAACGAGCUGGAGGAGCUAUUGCAAACUGUGCAAGUCGGUGGCGAUGUCUUGCUCGCGCUCACACAAGAGUCUCUAGAGCACCCCGUCAGUAUCAAGAAGCUCGAGUCCGCUUCUAUGGAACUGUACAAGGCGCUACUCGCUGGUCGGGAUCGCGACAUGGCGGCCACCAUGGAACGUCUUGACGAAUACAAGAAGUACAACGCCCAGUUCUGCAAGCGCAUUCUGGACUAUUUGUCCAUCAUGUUUACAGCACAGGGCAAGAUGCUGCUCGGCGACAACAACGGUGUCGUCAAGUCGUCACGGGGGCGACCUGCGCUGAAAGACCACAGGUCUCUCGAGACGUACCUGGAGCGAUAUCGUGGCUUGCUGCUAUACCUGAAGGAGAUGGACGAGAGCUCAUAUGCCAAGUUGUGUGCUGCAUACUUCUCCGCGGUCAGCGAGUUGCAUGCCCAACAGAUCAAAGCGCUGCUUUCCGCGUACAGUGCCUUGGUGAAGAAAGCGCCUGCAGAGGAGGAAGCGGAAGGGUUUUCUGGGGUCACACCUACAAGCAAUGCUGCCAAAGCUGCGCAAGGGAUGCGACGCGCCGGCACAAUCGUUCGCUCUCCCCUCGACAGCCGUCGGGACAGGCGAGACGGCGGUGACGGAGAGCUGCGUGCUGCUGAGGCUUUGAGCAUGGUUCUUGAGCAGAUUGCAAGCACGAUCUAUGCCGAGGAAGAAUGGAUCUCCCAUUUCCUGCAGAUCGACGACGCUGCAAAGACAUAUGCUGACCACAUGAAUUUGGAAAACUAUUUCCGCCGUCAGGCCUCGCGAUGGGCGGGGUUAAGUCAAGCCACGACGAAGCUGGUCCGCGGAGCCAUGGACCUCAUAUUUGGGUUCCUGCCUAUGGAGCUCAAGGCAUGGCUCGACACUGCGAUGGCACGGGACAAUGUCCAGGUUGUUGGUAUGCUCGCGUCACUAGAGAGGUUUCAAUCCGAAGCGGAGGACCGGGGCAACACCUUCCUGCUAACGUUGUUGGAGAAGCAGCACAUGCGUCUCAAGGCUCUAUUUGAGCGCCGCGCGACCGAUCACAUCAAGUCCAUCGAGGAGACAAAGCUCACCAGCAAGAAGCGCAAGGGUGUGGCGCCAUUCAUCAAAUACUUCCCCACGUAUAUCAGCCGUGUGGAGACCCAGCUCAUCGGCUCGGAUACCCUGGAGAUCCGCCAGAGCGUCGAUGCGUCCUACGACAAGAUCGUGCAGGCCAUGUUCGACGCGCUCAAGCAGAUGGCGAAGAUGGACGGCGAAGGAGAAGACAAGGGCCAGCUCAACUACCAUGUCAUCAUCAUCGAGAACAUGCACUACUUCGUGGCUGAGGUGUCCCAGAUCGAGAUUGGCUCGGUCGCUGCUUUCCUCAAGCGAGCGGAGUCUAUCUACGAGGAGAACCUGACCGCAUACGUCAAGAUUGUCCUCAGGAGACCUUUCGCCAAGAUCAUCGAAUACUUCGAAGGCGUCGAGCGCCUCCUCAAGACGACUGCGCCUACAGAAAUCGCGUCGAAUAGCAGCUACAACCGCUCCGCUUUGAAGAAAGUCGUCAAGGAAUACACGACGAAGGAUGUGCGGAAGUACAUUGACGCCCUGUUCAAGCGUGUCGAGAAGCACUUCACGGAGGCAUCAGAGAAGGCCACGACAGAAGACGCGAGCGCGAAUAUCGGCAUCGCUCCUGGCACGGUGAUGGUUGGUGUGUGGAAGGCAUGCGAAGAGGAGCUGCUCAGGAUCACGGAGCUAUUCAACAAGAGGAUCAGCCAGUGCUACAAGGAGAGCAAUGUGUCGCUGGAGUAUACUGCCGCCGACGUAGAGGCUGCUUUCAGAAGACAUCGGGUCAAUGCGUAGCAUGUUCAUGUAGCUCGUUCAUUUUUGUAGCACUAACUUAUUCGCAUACGAGACGUUUUGGAACACG